UCGCGCCCUGACCACUUGGGACCACCUGACAGCCGACCGCGCGCUCACUGCCUGGUAGGGCUCAUCUGUCAUCCCUCUCCUCCUCCCCUUCAACUGAAGACCGGUUCCGAUGCCUGCAUGCUCGGAGCUCGUGGCUGCGAAUCCUCCGGACCCGUAACAACUGGGCGGCCUGCCAGGACCCACUAACCCAUCUGCGCAGACCCUAUCAACCACUGCUGGUGGGACCCAGCCGUCGGUCGUCCACUCGUCAGCGGAGCCUUGGUGAUCUUCUUGGACGUGCUUGCUGCUGGUGCGGUAGACGCAGACCCCGCGCCGAUCUCGCCUCAUAGCAAGCCACAUCGAAGUCGCCGCCCUGCGUACAUGUUGUCGUGCAAUGGAGCGUCACCGCCACGCCUUGCGCCGUUCGCCGUGGUGAAGGUACCCCGCAGAUCCGCCGCUCACCGGGGCCCGACACUCUGCGCGACAGCUGCCGACCAAAUCACAAUGGAUAUAGAGGUGGAGGAAGGAAAUGUCGAUGUUGGCAAUACUGCUGAACCAUCGUAUGAGGUUGUGGCUAGCGGUGGUUGUUCAGCACAAUUGUCAACUAAUGACACUGAUGAACAUGAACUGGAUAUAGAGAGCGAGGAUAGUAAGGUCAGUGUUGGUAAUGCUGCAAAACAAUCACACGAUGUUGUGGGAGUAGGCAUUGACUGUAUUUUCAAUCCUAUUAAAGUGUCAACUGAAGCCGAUCUUGGACCACAACCGGAUGUGAUACACCUGACAUCUUUGGAUGUUCCAAAUGAAACAAGUCAAAUAAGUUUUGAUGUGAAUAUGGUAGAGCAGAACAAACAAGAUGCUUUGGACACACUUAUUAGAAUAUCACAACAUAAAAAACCAAAGAAAUUGAAUGUAGCUCGAGUUGUCUCUGAAGAUUAUAAGUGCACCCCAGAAGAUGUUCAGCUUAUUGAAUACAUUAAAACAUUACUGGGGAAACAAGUUGUGGUGAACAUCGACAACGCAUGGUUAAACAAAAAUGAUAUGGAAUGUCUUUUUCAUGGUGACAUUCAAUUGUCUGGUGAAGUCCUCAGUGCAUAUAUACACUAUAUGAGGGAUGAAGAGCAUUUACUUCAAAGAGAAGGUGGAAAGGUCUUCUUAGAGAACAUAUUUAUUUCCAGUCCACUUAAGCAUGAUGGCGACCCUAAGGUGCUCUUAAAUUGUAAGGAAGACACAAUUGAAAAAAGGGUGGACAACUAUUUACAGUCUGACAUGGUUGACCUAAAACUCAGCUCAUUUUUAAUAUAUGUAAUAUGUAAUAUAUUGGUGCAUAAUACUUACAAAUUAAUGUUAAUGUAUGUUCUAUGAA